GGGGGGGGGGCGAGGAAAGGGUUUUGCAUUUGAAAUUUGAAUCGCCAUCAAACUCAGUUCUGGAGCUUAGUUCUGGAGCUUUACUCUCAUUUCACUGCUCAAAAUUUUCAAACAUGAAGCUCGUGAGGUUUUUAAUGAAGUUAAAUAACGAGACUGUCUCCAUCGAGCUCAAGAACGGAACUGUCGUCCAUGGCACCAUCACAGGGGUUGAUGUUAGCAUGAAUACACAUUUGAAGAUGGUGAAACUAACGCUCAAGGGAAAAAACCCCGUUACUCUUGACCAUCUGAGUGUCCGGGGUAACAACAUUCGUUAUUAUAUUCUCCCUGACAGCUUGAAUCUGGAAACUUUGCUUGUGGAGGAGACACCAAGAGUUAAACCUAAGAAGCCAGCUGCAGGACGGCCUUUGGGACGUGGUCGGGGUAGGGGGCGUGGACGUGGUCGUGGCAGAGGUCGCUAAUUGGCUUUCUGCAAUUUGCCUGCAUUGGGUACCUUAGUAUUUUAGUGUGCUCGAGCAGAAUUUAAGGGAGCGAAGUUUGAAGUAUACAGUAAGAAUCUGUCUAUUUAUAUCUGCCCCUAGUUGCCUGCUCUAGUUUAAUUGUUAUAUAUAGUUGAGCCUGAGAUUGUAUGCAAGUGAAUAAAAACGGCUGUCCUCUUUCUGUAUGGUCUAAAUUAGUAAGCAUUUGAAGGUGCGGUUAAAGGGAAGAUGAUGUGCAUGUGGGGAUGACUUGGACUAAUGGUUCAUCAAGCCAAGGCUAGCUAUGUUUUUGCAACAAACAAACCUCUCAAAUUUGAGUGAGUGUUUAUAUAUAUAGUGAUCUACUAGUAUUGUACAAA